AUGUCCAGCGGUCGCCACAUCGGCACCCUCAUCGUCGUCAUCCUCAAAGCGAGGAACCUCCCGAACAAGCGGCACAUAGGCAAACAGGACCCGUACUGCCAGCUCGUCUUCAAUGGAGAGAAGCGGCGCACGAAGGCGAUCAAGCGCGGCGGGCAGCACCCCGAGUGGGACGAGGAGAUCCGCUUCGAGCUGUAUGAGGACACGGAGGACAUCCCACACAUCCCAGAAAUAAGCGAUGGACCCCCGCCCCCACCCCCACCGAAGAACGCGAAGGGCCCGCCGAAGGUGAAAGGUGGAAAGUUCAUGGCCGUCGCGUGUUACGCGGAGGAUCCUCGCGAGCCGGAUCUCAUUGGAGAGAGCAAGGUCGAUCUGACGGAAGUGUUGACAAAGGGCGAGACCGAUGAAUGGUUUACGGUCAUGAACAAAGACAAGUACUGCGGAGAGGUAUACCUCGAGCUGACUUUCUGGUUGAACGAAGCUCCCCCGGUCAAGAAAGCCAAUCCGAAGCCCAACGGUCAGUACGGCGGGAGUGGGACGUUCAUUCCCAUAGGAGAUUCCACAUCUUCCUCCCUCAGUGAUCUGGACCACCACUCUGUGCACUCACGUCCCAGCGUGUCAAGCAUGGGACACCGUCCUGAAAACCUCCCGCCCUCCUUUCGAGAUCCCAACACCAGGCCUAACAUCUAUGCCGCACCGUACGAGAGCACGCAUCCACAUAGCUCAUCUAUGGAUGGGCUUGCAAAUGAUUUCGCUGAGCUAGGAGUGCAGUCUGUGAGGGACAAGCGGCGGAGCUUUCCGCCACGCACGGGAAGCUAUAUGCCACGACCGGUCUCAUCUCUGGGUUUCCCCGAUCCAUAUGCAAAUGGGCAGCUUCCGCCUCAGCAUCAGCCUACAUAUUCCGAUGGUGGAGGGAGCUACCAAUACAACACGGGACAGUCCGAGUUCUAUACCUCGGAUUCAGCGCCACUUCCAGACCCCUACCAGCCAGCGUACGAGCAGGCUCCCGCACUGACCGGUUAUCAACCGCCACAACCACACCCGAGACGUCCGAGGGCUAGCUUGCCCCCAACAUCAUCAGGCUUUGUUCCGUUGCCAACAUCCGCGCCGUCGGGCUUCAUGCCCCUCUCAUCUAGUGUCUCGCAACAAAUGACAGGGUUUUUGCCACCUCCUUCGACGACCCCAGCGCCAUAUGGCGGCCAGAUUGUCCCACCUCGUGCCCCCUCGUCGAGCUUUUCUUCUCUGCCCUCGGGGUUCGUGCAACCGGGCCAGCUGCCCCCUACGUCUUCGUAUCCUCCGCCUCUCGGCUCUUCAUCCUCACUCUACUACCCUCCAGCGCAGAAUCCACAGCCUACAGGACAGUACUACCAGCAAGGCCACCACUCGCCUUCAAGCUACCAACAGCAGGGGUCCCCCCUUCCCCCCUCAUCGUCUUUCUCUCAGAGUACCCCUCCGCCCUCAACUUCGUACUCUCAAAAUCUGCCAACGUCCUCCUUCCCUCACAACCCGCCGCCGAUGUCCUCCUAUCCGCCGCCACCCGCGUCAGCCCCGCCGCAGCCACAGUACCCACAUUCCCCGUCUACCCCCUCCGUACCUCCGCACACCCAAUCAGCGCCCCCAGAACAACAACAGUAUACCAACGGCCAUUUAACGUCCUCUCCAUCGCAUGACAAUAUCCCGCCGCCUCCGCCACUCAACGAAAGUCCUUCUAGAGGGCACUCAACGGGUUCAAGGCCGUUACCUCAGCCUCAGGUUCAGCCGCAAUUAUCACUAUCACUCUCGCAGAAUGGCCGAAGGCAGUCGUCACUUCCGAUGCCUCCGUCCAAUUCGCAAGGGUAUUUCAACGGCACCCAGAAUCCGCCAGCACUUCCCUCGGCCAUGGCUUACCAGUCUAUUCCGCCCCCACCGCCUUUGCCACAGCAGACUCAGCCGCAGUCAUCGUACCCACAGAAUGGUCAUCAGCUCGCACUGCCUGGACCCCCGCCUCCACUGCCACCUUCGCAGUCUCAUUACACGCAGGGCCAAACGCCGACACCCCCGAAGCGGCGGCCCAGCCUCCCCCCGCCGCCGAUGGGAUAUCAGAGUCAGCAGUCGGCGUUCCAGGCAUUGCCGCCCCCACCCCCGCCGCCGAGCAUGCCAUCGCACUUGCAGUACGAGCCGCCGUCGAGCUUCUCGCCAUCCAACUCCGGCCAGGUCUACUACCCUGGUCCUCCGCCUAGACCUCCUCAGUAUCUCCCGCCGAGCGGCCCUCCGCCGCUGAACGGCGGUUACUCCCCUCCUAUCCCGCAGGGACAAGAGUACGACCCGUACGGACGAUGAACUCAGAAUCGUUUCUUUCCUGCACUACUCACUCCCGGAUCAGGCUUGUAGCAAUUGUAUCCUCGUACCCCGUCAGUUAUCCUACGGACAACCCGCUAUCGAUCGC